AUGGUAGGUCACCUACAGCUGCAAGGGAUGGACGAGAGCCUGAAGGAGAAGAGCCGGGAAGGCUUGCUGGACAGCCCGGACUCGGGGCUGCCCCCCAGCCCCAGUCCCCCUUUCUACUCUCUCUCACCUGGCGAGGGCCGAGCUGGGGGCAGCGGCGCUGCGGACCCCCCGGCCCCGGGGCACCGGCGAGAGGCCAAGGACGGCAAAGUGAUGCCUUACCUGCUCCUGAACCCAUCCAUGCCAGAGAUGAGGCCUCGAAUGUACCCUGUGUUUUUUGGAGAAAGCAUUGAGGUCAGCCCUGAGCCUGUGCAGGAAAUCAGGUGCAAUUCCGAGGUGAAGUACGACUCUGAGAAGCAUUAUCGGGAUGACAUCUUCUACGGCCCCAUCCCCACCGUCACCACCUACAGCGAGACAGUCAUUGCUGCUCCCAAUUGCACCUGGCGGAACUACAAGUCCCAGCUGAUCUUUGAGCCCCGCCAGAAGCCACUGAGGUUUCAGAGCACGACCAUCAUUUUUCCUAAGCGUGCCAAGAACAUUUACCGGACCACCCUCAACUACAGCUUGGGUUGUGCCAAGCGUUGGUUUGCUUCCAGUGUGCAGCUGGAACUCUGCGAGGAAACCAGCCCGUGCGUCAUCUACAGCGAGACCCUCUGAUCCGCCCUGCGGCUGGCAACCUUGUGACCUCAAGGAGGCUGUGGCCUUUGCUGGGUCUCUGGCUGGGCCUUCAUUGAUGGCAACUGAAUAUUAGUGGCUGGAGAACAUGUUGUCUUGGGUGAGGCUGAACUGGCUGGGAGGCACUUGCAGGGCAUGGGAUGGUUUUGAUCAGUGAGAGGCUGGCUUGUAUUUUGUGACGUUCCUGACAUUCAUGGUCUGGAUUUUAUUUUUGUUCUUUUUUCCAAGUGUAUCUAUUUUUGACUUGUAUUUAGAUGAAAUCAAGAUGACAAAGGACCCUAUUAUCCAUAGCAGAGUGCUGCCUUGUGAGCUCUGUAGGUCUCAUCUAAGCACAUAGGUGAGACUCCCUGUAAAUCUCUGCAAAGGGAACACCAACUGUAGAGUCAGCGUCCAGUCUGCCCAGCACACACCAAGGCAGGUCUCCUAGAGUGUAAAUGCAGAGGAGGCAGUUAUUUGUAUUAAUACAUUACAGCUUGCUCCAACAGCUCAUCUGGGAGAUAGCUGCAAUAUCACACUAUUGCAGUAGUCUCAGACCUAACUUACUGGGAGGAGUGGGGACUGUCACCAAGAAAAAGAGGAGGAGAACAGGCACACAGUGCUUUUGCGAGCAGGUAAAUGUUUAUAUACCAUAGAAAGGCACAGCACAACCAGGAGAUGGGAGAAAGGCCUACCCUGACGCAUGGCCACCUCUUCUGCAAGCCCAGCCAAGAGCAUACACAGGGGAGACAGAAGAAUCUGAAUAGCUGAAGGGCUAUUUUCUAAAAGCGUCCAAGUGAUUUAAGAGCCCAGCGCUCUUUUCUAAAAGUACUUUCAGUCCAAGUGUGCCAUGCUGUUUGUUGUCUCAAACACCCAAUUUCCAGGGACCUUUGUGCACUUGCAACCCUUUUGAGUUUCAGGGUAUUGCAGCGAGGAGUGUAGCACAGGGAGAUGCCGUCUGGCUUUAAAGAAGUAGUGCAGAAGGUCAUGAGCAAGGCUGCUCACCCUCUCAGUAGUUUCCAUACCUGUGAGGUGCACGGCUUCGCUGACUGUGGAGGAGCAGCCAAACUUUCUCAGCGUAGAGCAUGAAGUAUUGAAGAGCCCAAAUCUCUGCAGGUUUUCCUUAAUUGGCCAGGGUGUAGCAGUUCAACAGGUACUUCACAAACAGCUGAGCUGUCUUUUGGUAGGAAACAUAGAGCAGGAGUCACUACAGCCAUCCUAAGGUCAACCAUUCCCCAUUCAUGACUCACAUCUCCCGGUACCUCUUCACUUCAAUAGCUCGCUGAAAAUCUGCAAGAGCCUGGAUUCCUACAAACAAGUAACCUUUGAAAAUGGCAUGGAAUUGUCUCCAAAAAUCUCACCAAGAAUUUUUGCAUGCUGCUCAGAAGAGCCAAGACUUAGAAAAUAACCACACAGCUCUGGAAAUUAAUUUCCAGCUUUCCCUCUUCUAAACUUUCCAUUUUGUUCCUGACUUGCUGUGAGUCUGAUUGAGUUAUUUCAGAACACAACUGAGCAGCCAAGUCAGAAAACCUAUUAACAAUGUCAACAAGACAUAGAUGAUUGCCCAGAACAGUUGACGCACAAACCCAUGGAGAUUAAAAAAAAAAUAUCUGUCAAACUUAAAAAAAAUAAUUAAAUAGUGACUUAUAAAGAUACUUUUUCCAUCAGUUUCAAAAGGCAAUUGGUAAAUAUGACCAGAACUGUGACCUUUAUGAAACAGAGUUCUCUUGUUUAAAAUGAAGCACAAUUUUUUCCACCAGAGGUAAAUAUAAGGUCUUUAUAUACAAAGUUAAACCCUGACAGCUGAAGCAUCAUUAGUAGUGAAAGAUGUGUGCUGUGGCAGUGAUGAACUCCACCUCUCUUUUUGGGAGUUGAGACUUGGUAGGGAGAAAUCUCUCAAAGGAUUUCCAAGGCUUCCACCUACUGUUGAGUUCUUUUCAGCAACACAGAAACAAGGAUUAUAUAUGUUAUUGCUCAGAUUUUGCUGUCAUUGACUGUCAGCAUCAAAGCUUGGAAAAGCAACAUCUGCCCGCAAAGGGAUUAUUAUGCCUGAGGCAACCCCUCUCCCCAGAGCUCCAGCAAACACAAAUGCUGUGGGGUUAGCUUAGACAGCGGGGCAGCAGAAGCUAGGCUGAAUGUGGUCCCAGUGCCAUGCAGGUUGGUGAUGUGCUUACUUGAUAGCUCAUCUUGAGGUCUAUCUUGUUUUGCCAAGUGCUGGUGAGCGAGCCUUGUGACCAUUGGAACUCACCUGCCUUCCAGGGGACGUUGUGAAGGCUCUGGAGGGCUCUUUCCAUGCACCUGGGAGAGUCUGUAGCAAAGGGUUUCCAAGCUGAGUGAUGGUAUAAUCCAGGUUCAAAAGCAGGGCCAAUACUCACACCCAGGAGAUCCCUGCACAAUGACUGAUUACAUAGCAGCCAUCUCCACUGAGCAGGCAUGGAGACAGGCUGACCUCCAAGCUGAAGGGAUGCCAGAGACUCCCUAUUCUCACCAUACAUCAGGCUUUUUUCCUGUUAACAGUUGGAUUAUUCCCCUGCUGCAGGUUUUGAUCAUGCUGGUCUUUGAGCAGGACAGGUUUUCCCCAGCUGCAGGCUUCUGCCCACUUUGUCCGUUGUUAGUUCUGCUUCCUAAACACUGGCUAUAACAUAAAAAAAAUUCAACCCACUCCCCAAAAAAGGAGUGUGCAAAUACAAUCCAGUGGAGAGACCUGAACCACAGCCUGGUCUUUGACCUCGCAGGGACAGGGGCUGCUAAGGCAAAGUCUUACAAGUAGAUGUGACCCCAGGAGGGUUCAAUGGUGGGCUGCAUCUUUGACACUGAAGGGUCCCCACACAUCCAAGCCAGGUGCCUUUGACACAUCAUGUUUUGUUUUCUUUGCAAAUAGACUAGAAAUGACCUAACAUGCUCCUGCCUCUUGGAGCUUAAGCAGCUUUUCUUGUUUUGCCAUGUUAAGAAAAAAAAGCCAGUCGGCCGCUUGCGUUUCUAGGCUGCUGAACACACUUUGAGCUGUGGAGACACGGACAGGCCAUGCUGGGCUACCACCCUGGACCACAUCCAGAUUGUGACAUUGCCAAGUGCCUGAGAUGUGUAAAAAUUUUUGAAAAAAUACCUUAUUACGUGGUAUCUCCCAUGGGCCCAUCACGAGCUGCUUUUCUUCUCAGUGAAAGCUGGCCUUGGAAAGGGACUUUGUUUUUCCUGAGGAGAAGAAAACCACAGAGUGUAAGGUCUUCACUGUCAUGUAGGCACAGAUCCCACCCUGCCUGCCCACCCUCUGUCCCUAUUGCUCCUAUUCCGGUGGCUGGGUUAGGUGGUGGUAGAAGAGCCAAAGCUCACCUUGCUUAUGACUGGGAAAAGCAAUGACCUGUUUUGUGUAAACACCAGAGACUGAAUUUUGUGUUUGUGUGGUGCCAAUUAAGAAUCGUUCCCAGCAACCAAGAAGCGCCUUACCUGUAGUAUGUUUGUAUAUCUAAAAGGAAUGAUUAGUCCCACUAGAGAGGUGUUUUUCUUUUAAAUGGAGCAUCAAUCAUCUCAAACAACAGAUCUUUGUGUAUAUUUUCUCAAAGAUACAAGUGAUAAAUUUAGACCAUGGAAAUGCUUCUUAGAAAGCUGAAUUUCCUUGAGCAGCUGGGACUGUGGCUACACAACUUCUCCCCAGCAUAUUACAGUGCCUGUUGCGCACAGUCCUGUAAGCCUGAUAGGUAAAGUCAGACUCUGCCUCCAGGAGUUACUUUCCAUCAAUAGUUAUUUUUGAGAUCAGCAGCUUUCUGAGAAGGCAUCUGUUUUGGGGGUGGGAAAAGUUGUUUUUUCCGAUGUGGAAAGUCACUGUCUAUCACAAAGGUGAAGGGUUUCCCCUUCAUCCCUUCAUUCCUGUGAUUGCUUUGCCCCUGAAUGCAACAGAGCACGCUUGUGUCUGGUCUGCCUGCAUUGCUGUCAUUGUGUUUGGGCCAGAAAGAGGGAACCCUAUCGAAAUACUGACCUUUCAGAAUCUACAGAAUACUUUGCACAAAGCGCAAAGAGCAGCUUUGACCAAAACAGUUUACUGCUUCUUUCAUCUUUUUCCUUUUUUUCUUUUUCCUAAGCCAGCUCUAAUUUUCUUAAUGUGAAAUACAGAUUCGCACCCUAGGUGCAUACUUUCUGGGAAUGAUGAAAUGAGGUUUGGGUGUUGAUAGCAGUGUUUGAGUGAGCUGCUGGUCAGAGAAGUGAAUGCUAUUUACUAUUUAUGUUGAGUGUGUCUUUAAAAAAUGGGAAAGGUCACUAGAAGGUUAACGAGCAAAAGACUUUGUAGAGCAAACUGAUGACUAAAGGCUGCAUGAAUCUGAUCUAGAGGCGAAUGUUCUGCGUGUGAACACUGUGAGCUAGGAUACUUAGCCAUUGUAGUUUUAACCUGCCUUUUUUCCUGCAGGGAAGAGCAUCCUUGCCUUUUUUAGAGCUGAAACAAAAUCAGAUCCAUCCUCUGUCACAGUUACUCGGUCCUGCUGAAGUCUGUGAGUGCCAGUGUUCUCCAGGCUGGCAGGGAACUCUGUAUCAAGCACAGAUACACAAAGCUGUCUCUGUGUGGAGAUGGGGGAACACUUUAUAGGGAAUGAGGGAUCUUGUUGUGGGAUAUUCACAUUUCUACUGCCAGAUAAACUCUGGUUCCUGAGGAUCACCCCAUCACUCACAAAUUGAUCUAUUCUGAACAUCUCCCCUAAAGCUCUCCGAUAACCAUUAUAUGUUUUAAGUCUUGGGAGGCACUGAUUCCUUUUCAGAUACUGUGAUGGCCAUCAACAUGAGCAAAGUAUCCUACCGUAUGAAUUGUGACCUGAAGAUGGGGCUGAAAGGUGUUUGAAGGUUAGAGAAUGAAGAAAAGAACAUAGUACUGGGGGAAAUGCAUAAGGAUGUGUCAUAUUUUUUAUUUUUGUAAGUCUGAUUCUCUAAGUGCUUGUAAAGUACUUUACUGUUGUAUAUGUGGUGAUGCAGUAGUUCACAAUAUCCUUUUAUUUUUGUAUAUUCCCCCCUCCACAAUAAUCCCUUCCUGUUCAACUCAUAGAGAGUAAUUUAAAAAGACAAAAUUUAUAUAUCAUAAUAAAAUGCUCAAACUGU